UCUCUCUCUCUCUCUCUACGAGGGUAUAUUCCGCGCGUGGAUCCUCUUUCUCUCUCUCUCUUGCUGUUGUGAUCGCUCUCCAUUAAACGUAAAGCCUCGGAGCGACUGGAGAAACCCAGAGUCGCGUCUCCUGGCGUUUUAUUGGGAUUUUGAGGUUCUACAGGAUGUUGUUGCCUUGCAUGUUGGAUUCUGUGGAUGGCUAUUCUGACAAAUAUCUAGUCUAGAACACUCCGACUUUACUUCAAUAUGAUGGAGUCAAAGAUGGUUUUUUAGCGCACUGUGAUCUUGGAACUGAUCAAUUAGUAUGGAAAAUUAGUGAGCACAAUGGAAUCAAAAUUGGUGCUUUCAUGAAGUGGAAAUGGAGCUUUUGCCGAUAUUAAGUGCUUUUUGUUACUGAGGAUUUAGACUUGAUUUGUCUUUCAAUUUUUAGAUCCAAUAUUUCUUCUGCAAGGUUCAUGGAGUUUUCAGCAUCACCUUCAAACACAGUAAAACAAACCCCAAUUCGCAAACUUUCCUCUAGCGGCACUCUAAAAGACCUGUGGUUCAUAUCCAAGCAAGGGUCUCUAGCUGAACUAGAUUCUGCUUUAGCCUUAUUAAAGAAACAUGGCGGGAACAUUGAUGCAAGAAACACUUUUGGCCUCACUCCUCUCCAUAUUGCAACCUGGAGAAAUCACGUGCCAAUUGUGCGGAGACUUCUUGCUGCUGGUUCUGAUCCUGAUGCGAGGGAUGGGGAAUCAGGGUGGAGCAGCCUCCAUCGCGCGCUUCAUUUUGGUCAUCUAGCUGUUGCCGGUGUUCUACUGCAAUCUGGUGCAUCCCUCACUUUAGAGGACCCUAAAGGUCGAACCCCUCUUGAUCUUCUCUCAGGACCUGUAUCUCAAGUUGUUGGAACUACACCUGAUUCAGUUGCCACAGAAGUCUUUAGUUGGGGAAGUGGGACGAACUACCAGCUUGGUACAGGCAAUGCACACAUACAGAAGCUGCCAUGCAAAAUUGAUGCACUUCAAGGAACUUAUAUCAAAAUAAUUGCUGCUUCAAAGUUCCACAGUGUAGCCGUUACUUCGAAUGGAGAACUCUAUACUUGGGGAUUUGGUAGGGGCGGUCGCCUCGGGCACCCAGAUUUUGAUAUUCAUAGUGGCCAAGCUGCUGUAAUUACUCCUCGCCUGGUGACACUAGGGCUUGGGGCUCGUCAAGUUAGGGUUGUUGCAGCAGCCAAGCAUCAUACUGUUGUUGCAACAGAAGCUGGGGAGGUUUUCACUUGGGGAUCAAAUAGAGAGGGUCAGCUUGGUUAUACUUCAGUUGAUACGCAACCCACACCACGGCGUGUCAGUUCCCUAAGAGCGAAAGUAAUUGCUGUUGCUGCUGCAAAUAAGCACUCUGCUGUAGUUGCCGACUCUGGUGAAGUUUACACUUGGGGCUGUAACAAAGAAGGUCAGCUUGGCUACGGCACCUCUAACUCUGCCUCAAAUUACACGCCGAGAAUGGUGGAGUACUUGAAGGGAAAAGUUUUCAGAGGAAUCUCAGCAGCAAAGUAUCAUACUAUAGUAUUAGGAGCUGAUGGGGAGGUGUUUACUUGGGGCCAUCGUCUUGUGACCCCUAGGCGGGUUAUUAUUGCCAGAUGCCUAAAGAAGAGUGGAAAUACUCCACUAAAAUUUCAUCGGGCCGAGCGGCUCCAUGUGACUUCAGUUGCCGCAGGAUUCAUACACAGCACGGCUCUCACCGAUGAUGGUUCUCUUUUCUACUGGGUUUCUUCCGAUCCUGAUUUAAGCUGCCACCAGCUUUACUGGAUGGCCGGACGGAAGGCUGUGAGCAUUUCAGCUGGUAAAUACUGGACUGCUGCUGUUACGGAUACUGGAGAUGUUUAUAUGUGGGAUGGGAAGAAAUAUAAAGAUGAAACUCCUUCUGUGACCCGCCUUCACGGUGUUAAGAGAGCUACUUCGAUAUGUGUCGGUGAAACACAUUUAAUAGUUCUCUCUGCUCAUUAUCAUCCCGUGUAUCCUCCCAAACAGCAAACAUCUCAGCUGAAUCCAACGGCGGAGGAGAAUGUUGAGCUUGAAGAAUUGGAUGAAGAAAUCCUUUUUAGCGAUGUUCAAACCAAAAGUAGUGGUAAAGGUUCUCAAAAUGAAGAGAAAUUUAGCAAGGGUGAAGUACCCAGUUUGAAAAGCCUAUGUGAGAAAGUUGCUUGUGAGUUCCUCGUCGAGCCAAGGAACGCUGUACAACUUCUCGAAAUCGCUGAUUCUCUAGAGGCAGAUGAGCUAAGAAAACACUGUGAGGAGAUAGCUGUGCGAAACCUCGACUAUAUCUUCACAUUCGCGGCCCCUGCUGUUGUGGGUGCUUCUUCAGAAAUUCUCGCAAAGCUCGAGAGACUGUUGGAUUCCAAAUCCUCAGAACCAUGGAGCUACCGCCACCUUCCCACGAUGACCGCUACUUUUCCUGCUAUUAUCAAUAGUGAUGGAGAAGGGGAUAGUGAGAGGGGAUUUCUCAGGAUCCGAGACAUCCAAGAACCGAUAGAUAGAAUAAAUGGCGGAUCGAGCUUUCUUGAAGGAGAAAGCACCGCCGACCAAGCUGUAUUAAAGCAAGUUAGGGCACUUAGAAAGAAAUUGCAGCAGAUAGAGAUGCUUGAAGCAAAACAAUUGAAUGGUCAUCAUCUCGAUGAUCAGCAACUUGCUAAGCUUGGAACCAAAGACACCCUUGAAAGUGCUCUUAUGGAGCUCGGAUUUCCCUUUGAGUCAGAAUUAAAGCCUGCUUUACUAGAUGUAAAGGUGAAUAGAAAAGCUGAGGUUUCUAGAAAACAGCGAAGGAAGAACAAGCAAAAGGGAGCACAAUCUGAUACCUUGUCUGUAAAUAGUGAGGAAAAGAACCCAAUUAAGGCGUUCGAAGAAGUCAUAUCUGUCAAAAUUUCCGAAGAGGAGGAAGUAGAUACUAGUGGUAAAAGCAAAGUAAUCGAAGAUAUCUCCUUACAUGCUGUAAAUGCCAUAUCUCGUUCUCUCGAUAAUAAAGCUCCAUGCCCUACCCCAUCAAAGAAGAAGAACAGGAAGGGCGGUCUCUCAUUGUUUCUGAGCGGUGCUCUUGAUGACACCCCCAAACAAACCCCGACCCCUCCGCCGCCACCCACACCCAAAAGUGAGGGGCCUGCCUGGGGAGGGGCUAAGAUCACGAAAGGGCUCGCUUCGCUUCGCGACAUUCAGAAUGAACAGAGUAAAACAAAGGAGAUUAUGACUGCUCCUAAGGCAAAGGAUCGGGUCGAAGACCCAAUAGAGCCGACAACCGGUGGGCAGAUUAGAUUAGCUUCAUUUUUGCCAGCUGCAACUUCAAGCCCGAUAGCUGUAGCUUCUGUGCGGGGAGGGCCGGCUUCUGAUGGAGAGAAGGGCACGCCUCCUUGGUCAUCAGCGGGAAAUUCGCCAACCUUAUCCAGGCCUUCCUUACGGGAUAUACAGAUGCAGCAGGAAAAGAAGCAUCAGAGCCUCUCUCACAGCCCUAAGAUCACGACUUCGGGUUUCUCGAUCCCUUCUCACAGCUCAACAUCGGAUGUCGGCAGCUCAAAGGCUUCGAAUCCUAGCCGAUGGUUUAAACCCGAUACCGAUGCCCCAUCUUCAAUCCGCUCAAUCCAGAUUGAGGAGCGGGCGAUGAAGGACCUCAAGCGCUUCUACAGCAGCGUCAAGCUGGUCAAACCGUAGCCUCAAUCUUCCUGACCAAAAACCAAAAACAGCGUAGGAUCUUUCCCUUCUUUUCCCCUUGUUUCUUUUUUCCUUUUCUCUUUUUAGGUUUCCUUAACAACCUCUGUAAAUUUGACUGUACAGUUUAUAUGUAAGUUUAGUUGUUUCAAUAAAUUAUCUAUGUUCUUCUUUCAGAGGAGCAAUCUUUGUUGCA